ACAUUAUAAAAAUUAUUUGCACAUUUUCACAGGACUAGCAGCACUAGUCCAGCUUUAUGUAGACGCUCUCAACACUCCGGGCGCUGUACCCAACGUAGAAGAGUCCUGGGAUACAUUUGCCAAUACCAAAUGUCGUGAAGUAUUGGAAGAUGCUUUGAGGACAUACCAACAGGAAAUGACGUCAUUCGUGGAGAAUAUGAUGCCUUGCGAAGCCGAUGAGCUAAGAUCUGCGCAUGAACAAACCAUGGAAAAAUGUCUCGAAACGUUUAAAGAAGAGACACGUUUUUUCUCUAUUGAUAGUGUGGCGCCGCAUUUGCAGGAAUUGACAGGGAAGACAGAUAACCUAUUGCUUAGAUGGCUUCAAACAAACAAACAAAGAACUGAAGAGAGCUGCAAAGCAUUAAUCAAAGAGCUUGAGAAAACAAUUUUGGAUCCAGUUCUUAGUCGCCUCGUGGGCCCUGAUGGAUCUCAGAUGGAUUUUAAUGAGCUCGUAGAGGCAUAUAAACUAAUUGAGCAGAGAUACAAAGAUGAAGGGCGUGGUGAUCUGGAAACUAAAGCACUUGCUUUUGUGGAUAUGAAUUCAAGGCUAAAUGACGAAAUGACUAGAAACUGGGACAUCCUGAAAAAGCUGAAAAACUACGAUGCUUUGCUAGCAAAGGAAAAAACACAAAAAGCCAAAAUGGAACAGGAAAAAGAAAGAGCCAAAGAAGAAAUGAAACGCCUGGAGAAAGAACAAAGAGACAGACAAAAAGAGCGAGAUAUGUUCUACAAGAAGCAAGAAGAGGAUAAAAUCAGAAUGCAAGAGAUGUAUACGAAAAGCUUGGAGGACCAAAAAGAACAGAUGAGAAAUAUGAUUGAGGCCAACUUUGAAGCUCAAAAAAAAGAAAGAGAAGAUGCUCUUGCACACCAAAAAACCAUCAUGGACGAUUAUGCUAAUAUGGUUAAAAAGAACUUCGAACAAAGAGAUCARGAAAUUAAACUUCUUAGAGAACAGAUGUCAGAGAAAGAGGCCCAGGCGAAAAAAGACCUAGAUAACAUGUCAAGAAAGCACCAAGAAGAAAAGGAAAAAUACAAGAAGGAAGCAAAAAAAGAUCUUGAAGCUACCAUUAAAAAGCUCAAUGCAGACAACAAGGCUGAAAAUGAGACGAUGCAAAACCGGUUGAAAAAGGAAAUGAAACAAGAACAGAUCGACAAAGUGAAAAAAGCGUCUUUCUUGAAGCGCGGUAAAUUUUGGCUCUCUGGAAACCCAGACCACCUGGACUUGAAAUAAGCUGUCUACAAGUGGUAUCUCCAGUAAUAUAGAUCUCUAUCAGAAACUGAGAGACGCACUUAUUUGGAAAAAAAAAGAUGUAGAGUAGUAUUUUGACAAGAAAACACUUAGUUACAAGUUUAAGUUUAUAAACAAAUAGUAGUUCUACUCAUAAUGGUGUCAAAUGUGGGAGAUUUGUGCUGUUUGAAAUCAUAACGCAAGAAAAACUAUUAAGAAGAAGCAUGCCGUGACAUCUGGAAGUCACUUAGCGUACUUUUUUUCACAGUCAGAGCCUAGGAUUUCUUUUCAAAGAGCGGAAAUUUUAAUUGAUUGGGCCCGCUGUAAUUGUCUCUGCUGUUGCCGUAUCACUCUCUCAUUAUUGUGUUUGUAUGUUAUUUAUGUAUGUAUGUAUUUCAUGUAUUUACAGUUGUUUAUAUUUGGCGAAGCUAAUAAAAAAAAAUAAAAUAAAAUAAAAAAA